GAGAGGCUAUGCCCGCCAUGUUCUGGAGUCAGAGGCGCGCCGAGAAGCGCUACAGAUACGUGUAGCUCGCUGUUGACGUUAGCAUAGCAACAUUCUGCUGCUACGCGGGGGCGCAACAAGCUCCUUUAACUCUCAAUUCAAGUAUUUUAUCUAAACACCACAUAGAUACUCGCCCAAGGGGGUUAUACCUAUAAGAGACAUAAGGACCCGUACACUAAGCCGAGAGAAAUGGUAAGUUCAGGUGAUGGCGUGGGCGUGUGUGCCGUCCGCUUUCCGAUUGUGGAGAUGGUUCUAACCGCCACCGUUCUGGUAUACAGAGGCUUGUCGCGCUGGCCUUGAGAAGUCCCAUAAACACACAGCACACACUGCCAGAUACGACCAGACAGCCGUGGGAACGGUCACAGGCGUACAGGACGGGCUGCCCUACGUACUCGCAGAGGUUCACACGCGCAAACAAACAAUCAUACCCCGUGUGUGCGCCUGUUUGUAGGAGACUCCCUCUAAAGCGAUUCCCCCCCACCACCCCCUUCAUCCCAACCCCCAAAACGUCCUUCCGUCUGGGUGAGAGUCCCCCAACGAUUUCCUCUUGAUAUUUUACCCGCCAACCUCCACCAUCUCUCGGUCAACCGCCAACAUGCCGAGCUCCACCAUCCGCCGGCAGAUGAAGAACAUGGUGAACAACUACUCGGACGCGGAGAAGAAGGUGCGCGAGUCCACGUCCAACGACCCGUGGGGACCCUCGUCGUCGCUGAUGUCGGAGAUCGCCGACCUCACGUACAACGUGGUGGCCUUCAGCGAGAUCAUGAGCAUGAUCUGGCGGCGGCUCAACGACCACGGGAAGAACUGGCGGCACGUGUACAAGGCGCUGACGCUGCUGGACUACCUGGUGAAGACGGGCUCGGAGCGGGUGGCGCUGCAGUGCAAGGAGAACAUCUUCGCCAUCCAGACGCUCAAGGACUUCCAGUACGUGGACCGCGACGGCAAGGACCAGGGCAUCAACGUGCGGGAGAAGAGCAAGCAGCUGGUGGUGCUGCUGAAGGACGAGGAGCGGCUCAAGGGCGAGAGGUCCCAGGCCCUGAAGACCAAGGAGCGCAUGGCGCAGGUGUCGACCGGGGGCUCCCAGGUUGGCUUCGGCCGAGGCUCCUCCCAGCCUAACCUCUCCACCUCCUACAGCGAGGAGUACGGCCGCUCGGAGGGCUCCCCAGCCUCCUACCAUGGCUCUACGUCUCCCAAUGCUGGCUCUGAGUUGGAGCAGGCCCGGCCUCAGACCAGCGGAGAGGAGGAGCUGCAGUUGCAGCUGGCCCUGGCCAUGAGCCGCGAGGCUGCAGAGCAGGAAGAUCGUGUGCGGCGGGGAGACGACCUCAGACUACAGAUGGCCCUGGAGGAGAGCAAGAAGGGCGGCCCGGGCUCCGGAAAGCUCGCCAAGAAGAAGAGAGAGCCCCAGUCUUCCCUGAUGGAUCUGAUGAAUGUCCCGGAGCCGGGUGCAGGUGCAGGUGCUGGGGCCGGGGCCGGGGCCGGGGCCGACCCCUGGAGGGCCGGGGCCGGUGCCGCCGCUGCUGCUGCUCCUGCGACGGACCCCUGGCAGUCAUCAUAUGGUGCUGUGGCUAAACCAGUGGAUCCGUGGGGAACCAACCCUUCCGUUCCCCCCAUGAAGGGCAGCGAUCCCUGGGGAACAAACCAGCCUCCAGCCCCAGACCCCUGGGGCUCAGCCUCUGUGCGGCCCAAGACCGCUAACGCAGGUAGCUUUGACCUGUUCAGUGCAUCCAACGGUACGUCUAAGGAAGACUUCUCAGAGUUUGACAGCCUGCGCACCUCCUCCUCUGUCCCCACUGGGAACGGGGGUGUGGUCUCCUCCAUGCCCUCCCAGGGCAGCCUGGCCAGCAGCGGCAGCAUGGAUCUGUUUGACCCGCUGCCCACCUCCUCCUCCCUGGGCCUCCACCCCACCAGGAAGACCCCCGAGUCCUUCCUGGGGCCCAACGCCGCGCUGGUCAACCUGGACUCCCUGGUCACCAAGCCGGCCCAGCCCGCGCCCAUCGCAAACCCCUUCCUGGCCGCCUCUGCUGCAGCGGUCGCCCCGGUCCAGGCCAACCCCUUCCAGGUAGGCCAGCCCGCCCCGCCCACCCUCAACCAGAUGCGGGUCAGCCCCAUGCCCGCGGGCUUCGGGUCCCUGGCCGCCGACCCCAUGCCGCUGACCUCCAUGGGCCAGCCCGCCAUCACCAUGGUCCCCCUGGUCGGCAUGGCCCCCGGGGGCCGCCCGGGGCCCGGCAUGGGGAUGGGCCCCGGCAUGGGGAUGUCCAUGCCCCAGCCGCUCAUGUCCAACGUCAUGCCCCCGCAGGCUGCCGCGCAGCCCCCCGGCACCACAAACCCUUUCCUGUUGUGAGUCGCCCCCAGCACCCCCCCCCCCCCUCCCCAAUGAACCAAGGGGGGGCCCUCUUUCUCUUUGUAUGACCCACACCCAGACAGCGCCUUCUCGCCAGCUGUCACCUUUUAUGACACUCCCCCCCGGCCCCCGCCCCACCUCCGUCACCUCCACCACGCGCCCCCCUCCUCCACCUCGCCACUCCCCCUCCCCUUUUGCUUAAAGCUGCCUCGCCCCCGUGCUGCGGGACUCGAGGGAGGGGGUGGUGCUGAUGACCCCGGAGCCCGACUGUAGACGUAGACGGGGGGGGGGGGGGGGGGGGCAGGCCAGGCCGGGAUGCAGUCGUUGCCGGGUUAUGAUGCAACCGGACGCUCUGUGCCCCCCCCCCCUCGACCGCCACCCUCGUCUUCUCUCCUUCCCUCGGUGUCCUCCUCUUCCUCUUCUUACUACCUUUCCUUACGUUGCGUCGUUUUUUGCUUUUCUACCGAGUAGCAUAGGUUUCUAUCCUACCGCACCAACCCCGGGAUCUCGUUUGGGUGGCGUCCCUUUUCCACCAGAGCUAAACUAACCCGUUCUCUCCUUCGGUUGGUUCCUGUACGGCCGCGUCGCUCGCUGCACCGUGUGCUACACCACACCGUGUGCUACACCACGUUUGUAUUUACAUGUCAGGAUUUUUUUUUUUUUACACCGUGUAUAUUCCGGCGGGUGUCUGUUGACACACACUGGAGUAGUAGAUGAAUGUGCGUCUGUGUGUGUGUGUGCGCGUGCGUGCGCGUGCGUGUGUGUGAUUUGAAGUGCGGUUACUAAGCAGGGAUUUUGCACACUUUUGCAUUUGUUGUUUUUUACGUUUUUGUUCCUCCCCCCUCUGUGACUCUCGGGGGCUCACCGUCGGAUCCGGGCGGCGCUGACGGACGCAAACGCACCACUCUCUCUUUUUUUAUUUUAUUUUUUUAUCUACGGUACGGCGUGGCCACUGCUGUCCCCAGGCCGCCCCCCCCUUUACGUUGUUCACAUCCUACUACACAAACUUUGAUCUUUUUGGGGGAAGUCGCCAGGAGGGAGGCGUUGAAACUAUGGGUAUGAGGUGUUACUAAUGUGUUUUUGUUACCUAAAAAGUGUAUGUAUUUGUGUUUUCACGCAUAUACAUGCGCACAAGCAAAGGAUACUGUCUGCCCCUCAUUCUAACACUGAACGAUGCUUAUGGGGGUCUUGUGGCUCUCACGUAUGAUGAAAAAGACGCGUAUGAUGGAGGCAUUGUGACUGCCUAUGAACACACUGCGUAGACAUGGGAAAUGUGGUUAUUUUAUUUUUUCAUUUAAGGGGUGAAAGGGAAGUGGACAGAGUCAAGUAUGCGUGUAUGUCUGCUUGUGCUUUAUUGGGGGGGGGGGGCAAGGUAGCUACAGCAAUCUGUAUGUUUGAAAGUGUGUGUGUGUGUUUUGUGUCUGUAUGUGCGUGUGUGUGCGACCAAACUUCAAGGGCCUAUCUCGCUGAAGUGUGAGUAAAAUAUAUUGGACAGAGAUUUAGAGGGCAUGUCGGCCCAAGCCCCAAGGGAUUUACAGCAUCACACCCUGCCAACAGUAGCCUGUCAACACACCCACACACAUACGUGCACACACAAGCGCACACACAUACACACAGGCAUCAGGUUUGGAGGACUUGUCUAUUAAUGGCACCGGAGGGAAUCCUUCAGCCAAGGCUGACCUGGCAUUAUGUAUACAAGUGUUAUAUUUUUGUGCUCUUUGUUUUGUUUAUUACUUUUUGUCCUAUUUUACUCUCUAGAUGUAAAUCCACAGUCAAGACUUUAAACCAUUUAGACGUACGAACUAUGUCCCUGGCAGUUUUCGUUAAAUUUCAUAUUUUGGGGGAAUACUUCACCUGUUUUCAUUAGAAGCACAGCACACUGUUACCAAAGUCCUGAGUGACGGAGAUUUACUACAAAGGGGUUGGUGGGAAUUCUGGUCAUAUUUUGUGGACACGUAGCUUUAUGGAUUUCUGUUAACAUAAUUCAUUGAUCACACGAAAACCACAAAGUAAAGUUGAUGUGUUUGGGGGGGGGGGGGUCAUGUUAAAUAUAUGGGGAGGGUUCAUGUUUAAUGUUGUGUGAAAUUAGAAGCGUUUCCCACUAAAGUACAGAGGAAAUAUGGGCCCAGAGAUGAGAGAACUUGCCCAGAGAUGACCCUUGCACAUAGAUCCUCAUUGUUUUGUCACUGUUGACCUUCCCUGUGCUCAAUCCCACCCCGCAACCCCCCCUGUUGACAUCACUGCCAAUGAUAUUCUUCUUCGUGUCUAAGUGGACCCCGUUCGUUUUCAUUCACUUUUGUUUUGACGUUGAGUUGGCGCCCUCCUCUGGUUCGUUGUGCUAUGACAGCUGCGCGACGCAAAACCUUGGAUCAAGUCGGUCCUUUAUUUCUCUCAGGCUAUGGGCGGUGGGGGGAAACUGUUUGUGAUGUGGAUGACAGUGAUAUGCAAUGUUUGUUCUGAAUGACGGGAGUAGGGAUCCAACUUUACUCGCAGACCAGCAACACCUUUUUGAUUCCAAACUAGAUAUAUGCAACAAACAAACAGACAAAAAAUCUGAUAUGUGGAAAAGAUUUAAAAAAUGAUUUUUGAAAAGAAAGACGUGCUUGAUUUGUGUUGCGCAAACGUUAAAUUUAGCUAAAACGUUUAUCGAGUACUGCUAUGAUAUACAGAUUAAAUAUCUCUAGCUAAGACGAUGUCUCUUGUUACUUUCUCGCCGGCCUCAUCGGUCAACUGCAGCGGUUGUGGGAACACUUUUGUCCCUUCGGUGUGACUCCUUAAAACCAAUUCAGAUGUUGAAUUACAAAAAACGAAGAAACACUCCCAAGAGAAAACAGCCCCAACCGUAGUGGUGGUGGAACGAGGCCGGUGGCUAGCGCCUCGGUGUUAACAUGUAUUCAAUAUGCUUUUAUCAAGAGGACUAACACGCGUCAUGGACUGUCUUGUUUAUAUGCAGACCUGUUGUUCUUCCAUGGUUCCGUCUGGUCUAGUUAACCUUUUCAUAGUACCGGGAGGAGGCUGCUUGGUUUGUCGUUUUUUUUCUUUGUCACUAUAACUGUAUAAUAUAAUUUAUCAUUUGUACUAUUGUAACAUACUGUUCUUCUGUAUACCGUUAUUAUUCUGUGUAUUGGGUUUUUAUUUUUAGUAGGAAAAUCACCAUGGUAUUUUAACAGCAUUUAAAAUGAACUUAAAAAACGCAGCAAUGGCCACGUGAACAAAUAUUACAUCUGUAGCUGCAUCGAUUUAAAAUGAAAUAAACUAUGUACUUCUCCAGCUCCGUAAAA